UAUUUACCCUGCAGCAGGCAAUAAAUUCCCCUGUCCCUCGCGUUCUCUCUCUCUAAAUUUCAACUUCUCCUCUCCCGAACUCCCCCUUCCUCUGCACUCUGCACACUCAACGCAAAACACAGGAGAGAGAAAACUGUACGGACAUCAACUCCACUCGUUCCCUCUCUUCUCUGAAUCGCCAUUUCCCGGCGAUAAUCAUGACGGUGUUCUCGCAUUCCUCCGCCGCAAUCGUCGGCAAACAGAUAUUCCCGGUAAACUGCGAGGCAGAGGUUUCGCAACGCCUCCUUGAUUCCCUCUCCUAUGGAGAUCUCAAGUCCGUCGCCGAAUGCACCGCCGAUUCCUUCUUCGACGUCAACUUCGUCGGCGCCGUUUCUCUCAAGCUCCGCCGCACCGAGGUUGUUCUCCGAGAUCAUUUGCCGAACGAAAUUGUUGUUCAGUAUGAGGAGUUCAAAACUGACGUCACUCCUCUCUUCUUAGCUGCUCAUUUCGGCAAUUUCAAUCUCCUUCGUCAACUCCUGAAUGCUGGAGCUGAUGUAAACCAGAAACUGUUUAGAGGUUUCGCGAUUACUGCAGCAGUAAGAGAAGGGCAUCUCGAGAUAGUAGAGGUGUUGCUCAAAGCAGGGUCUUCUCAACCAGCAUGUGAGCAGGCUCUAUUGGAGGCUAGCAUUCAUGGGCGGGCAAGGUUCGUGGAAGUGCUCAUGGGAUCUGACCUUAUACGGCCCCAUGUUGCCUUGCAUGCUUUUGUCACAGCAUGUGGCAGAGGAUUCACUGAUGUUGUUGAUACAAUGAUGAAGUGUGGUGUGGAUGCAAAUGCAAUGGACCGUUUACUUCUCCAAUCAUCCAAGCCAUCUCUUCAUACCAACAUUGACUGCAAUGGACUCGUUGCUGCUGUUGUCAGUCGGCAAGCAUCUGUUGUCCGUUUGCUGCUACAGGCCAAUAUAAGAACAGACAUGGAAGUAAAGCUUGGAGCAUGGUCAUGGGACACAGAUUCCGGUGAAGAGUUUCGUGUGGGUGCAGGAUUAGCAGAGCCAUAUCCACUCACAUGGUGUGCAGUAGAGUACUUUGAGAUCAGUGGUGCAAUCCUCCGAAUGCUCCUAACAAAACAUUCCCCAAACACCCCUCAUCUUGGUAGAACUCUUCUCCAACAUGCCAUCCUUUGUGCUAACAGUGUUGCAGUCAAUGUUCUACUCGACUGUGGAGCUGAUAUCGAGUUUCCAGUUAAAACAUCCAAAACAUUGUUCCGCCCCUUACACAUGGCUGCUCGACUUGGAUUACCAACAAUCAUCCGAGCUCUUGUUGAAGCUGGCUGUGAUAUAAACUCGAGAACAAACUCUGGUGAUACGGCUCUUAUGAUCUCUGCCAAGUACAAGCGAGAAGAGUGCUUCAGGAUACUGGCAUUUGCUGGUGCUGAUUUUGGUUUGACCAAUAAACUUGGCUUUUCUGUUGGUUCGAUUGCUUCCUCUAAUAAGUGGUCUUUAGGAUUUCAAGAAACAGUUUUACAAGGCAUCAGGGCAGGGAAAAUUCCUUACAGCAGUAAUUUCUCAAAUUUUUCACCUUUACUGUUUGCUGCUAAAACAGGUGAUACAGAAGCUCUGAAAAUGAUAUUAUCACAGGCUGAGAUAGAUGUUAAUCAAUGUGAUGAUAAUGGUUUCACAGCAGUCUUGCUUACGGCCUUAAAAGGUCAUGUAGAAUCCUUCCGCCUGCUCGUGUAUGCCAAGGCUGAUGUAAAGCGGUCUACAAAAUCAGGUGAGACGGUGAUUACGUUAUCUGAGGUUAGCUGUACAAGGGACUUGUUUGAGAAGGUGUUACUCGAGUAUGCACUUGAAAUGGACAACCGCAAUGCUGAAGGGUUCCAUGCUCUACACUGUGCAGCGCGUCAAGGUGACCUAGGAGCUGUCCGAUUGUUGACUAGCAAGGGUUAUGACGUGAAUGCCCCUGAUGGAGAUGGGUACACACCACUAAUGCUAGCAGCUAGAGAAGGUCAUGCCCAUAUAUGUAAGCUAUUGAUUAUGUUAGGGGCUUCUUGUGAAUUUAAGAAUUCUAGAGGUGAAACAGCACUUUCUCUUGCAAGGAAGAAUGGGAGGAAAGACAAUGAUGCAGAAGGUGUUAUACUAGAUGAGCUUGCUCAAAGGCUGGUGUUGAGGGGAGGUUGUGUUCAGAAACACACGAAAAGAGGGAAAGGUUCGCCCCAUCCUAAAAUGGUUAAAAUGGUGGAGGUUACGGGAGUUCUAUCGUGGGGGACAUCGAGCAGGAGGAACGUUAUCUGUCGAGAGGUUGAAGUGGGACCCAGCGUGCGUUUCUGUAAGAAUAGGAGAGGUAAGGGUGAUGCAGACGAAGGCGGGGUGUUUCAUGUAGUAACAACUAAGAAUAAGGAGGUGCAUUUUGUGUGUGAAGGUGGUUGUGAUGCUGCUAAACUAUGGGUAAGAGGGAUCAAGCUUCUGACAAAAGAGGCUGUUUUAGGCUCUAAGCCAAAUGGUAAUUAAAUGUUAAGGCUUUUCAUUUAGGUAUAUUGGUGUUUUAUAUAGUAGUGUUGUAAGUUGUAAUACUUCACCUCGAAGUAUUAUUCUCUCAUUGUAAAUAUUUUCAAACAGUUUGAGAAAAUUAGAAAUUGUAUCCAAGAGGCAAAACACAUCUUUGGGGAAGAGGGUUAAGGUGAAGUUAUUUGAGAAGAAA